GAACACGACGUUUUCAGCAGAUUCACGGAGCUGGACCUACUUGACUACUCCAACAGUCUUUACCCCGGCCUUGAUGACCAGGCAAUGAAUCAGAGUAUUCUUGAUCUUCCUGAUCCCGGGGAACGCAAUUCAAAUGUCGUCCAGUUUCGUGCUGACUCCGCUACAAUUGCAGAACCAGACAUUAGCGGCCUUUCCUAUGAUGCGGCCUGUCGUGUUCUCGCCAAGCACUACCUUUCUCACGCCCUUCUGCCGUUUGGUGUUCCAGAUCCACAGCUGGUCAGUAUAACAUUACCUGCCCAUAUUGCUAGCGGUUGUUGUCGGGGCUCCAGAUUGGAUCCCAAUGUCCAACAGGAGGACGAGUAUACCCGUAAGGCGAUCCUUGCGCGCGCCCCUACCAUAAUUCAUUAUAGUCAGCCGGGAGUGCGAGAGAACAGUCUGCGAGUAAUCAGGUCAGUGCUUUCAAGCCCUCCUGAGAUUAAAAUUUUUUUCCAUUUGGACCUUUGUCUACUUCCCGUGGUCUGCAAAAGUGCCUGGUGA